CUGAUCCCGCGGUGCACCGAGCCAGCCAUGCAAGCGAUCCGGGCGCCCACCAUCAGCGUGAGUGCAGACUGCAGCAUCCCAGCCGGCCUUCGGAUGGGACCACUACCGGGCACCUGCACACUCGGGAAGUACAUGUCGGACCGCAGAGAGCCCGGCAUAAAGAAGAAGAUUCGCAUGUUAAGGGGAGAUUUUGUGGACGAAGCCGGCGGUCCUGUGUCUGACUGGAUUGGUCUCAUCCGCGCGGCCAGAAACAGUCAAGAACAAAACCUGGAGGCGAUCUCGGACUUACCCGGGGGGCAGAUCUUCUAUCGCGUGCUGAAAGACGUCCAACCUGGAGAGGAGCUGAGCGUCUGGUACUCCAACUCGUUGGCUCAAUGGUUCGACAUCCCCACCACCGCCACACCAACACACGAUGAAAAAGGCGAGGAACGCUAUAUCUGCUGGUACUGUUGGAGAAUUUUCAAGUAUCCCAAUGCACUAAAAGCACACGUCCACUUCCAAUGUUCUUUAAGUAACGGACGGGGCUUCAUGAACUGCGAGCAGGCUAGGACCUCAGAGAACUUCAGUAGAUCCCCUAAAUCCGGGGAUACCCCAAAUUCUACAGCGUCGCCAAGGAACGGCCACAUCACUUCCGGUCCCGACUCUAUCAGGCGGACAGUGUCUUCCUCGCCCUUUCUGAAUAAGGCUGGGAUAUCGAAGAAAUCGAGUUCGGAGGAGCAGGACAGGGCCCUCGACAUGAGCGUGACUUCGGGUCGGAAUCCCGGCCAUAUUUUGGGCCUCAGUGGAACUUCUUCAAUGUUAAACAACAUGGGAUUUCAUCCUGGUGUGCGGUCGGCUUUCAAACCCACUGGACUGUCCAAGAUUACUCCCACAGAGGGACCACGAGAGGAGCCUAACGCCAAACCAAAUGGGUUGGGGUUCAGUAAACUUUUAGGGAAUAUCAAACCCACGCGCACCCUGAACGAACCUUUGACUGGUGGCCACCCUUCCAAGUGCGCCCAUCCAAUUGAAUCCUCACCGCCGGUGGUGCCCUGCACGAAUGCCAUCCGCGGGUUUCCGUUGCUACCUCACUUCGAGGAAACGUCUGCUUUCAAGCACGUGGAGAGUCGCCUGCACCCAGGACUCUCACCCUCACGGUAUUCUCAGAUUUCGUCCGGAUUCCAUUUUGAGCGUUUCUCCCUCCCCCAGUUUGAUGGUGUUAAGCCCUACAGCGGAGACUGCAAUAUCCCUAUCAUGCCCUUUACGGUCUAUAACGGGGAAUUGCUCUACAGCUCACCUUACUACCCACUCAAAUUUCACUUUAGCAACCUCCUGAAAUACCCCGAGUCCAUGUCGUAUUUUGGUGCUCCGGCAAUCAACCCAGACCUGAGCUCCAUCCCAAAUAUUGAUAGAGAGAUUGCUAUGCACGCGCAGCAACUAUCUGAGAUUGCGGUCGAAAAGAACAGGGCCAGACUCGAAUCUAUUCCAACAACGACAUCAGGUUCGAGCAAGCCAAAAAAAGGGCACCUAUGUCUUUACUGUGGUAAACUGUACUCUCGGAAAUACGGCCUAAAGAUCCACAUGAGAACACAUACAGGGUACAAACCACUCAAAUGCAAAGUAUGCUUUCGUCCCUUCGGUGACCCAAGCAACCUCAACAAACACAUUCGCCUGCACGCGGAGGGGAACACACCCUACAGGUGCGAGUUCUGCGGAAAGGUGUUGGUUCGUAGGAGGGACUUGGAGAGACACGUAAAAUCACGGCAUCCUGGCCAAACGAUGAAAAAAACCGAUGACAAAUCGGACGGCAUUUUUCAAGACCAGGAACAAAGAAGUGACAAUGACAGUGAUGUUGAUGUGUGCUUCACCGACGACCAGAGCGACCAAGAGUCCAGUAAAAAUGACCAAUAG